AUGUCUAAUACCGUUGAAGCUCGAAUUAGUAAACAGAAAUCGAGCGCUGACGGUAAAAGCAGCUCUGCGGAAAAGUCUUCAAAGUCUGGCAAUGGUAAUGCCGUUAACAACAGUAAUAACAAUAAUAAUAACAGCAGUCGGGAAAAUAAUAACGUCUGCGGUAAACAUAUAUCGAAUGGAAAAACUAAUUGGAACCCGAAGGGUGUCCAAUGCAAUCCGAAUGGUCAUCGCGAUUCAACCGGAAAUGGCUUAAACGUACCAGCGCAGCCACAAAAGGUCUUUCACAACGCGCGCUGCGCCCGCCACCACAAACCACAUCACAAUCACAGCCACAAUGGUGGCAGCAAUAGCAACAGCAAUGGCAAUAAUAACAACAGCAGUAGUAAUGGUUUGGCGAACGGUGCGACGGCGAAUAGCCUCACCGAUUUGUGCCACCAUCAAUUGGGCAAUCCACCCGCACACGGACAUGGACACAAUCACGCACACACGAAUGGCGGCGGACAUCGACGUAAAUCGGAAUCAGUGCUAUCUACAGACUCAGAUAUACGUUUUACACGGCGUAAAUUGGGCGAUAGUCAGAAGUGCGGCUGUGCUGUGAUAGCGGGUUUUCUAGUCGCCCUUCUAGUGGCUGGCGCAUUCGUGUACGUGGGAUAUACAUAUUUCCGCCCUGAACCACUGCCGGAUCGGACUUUCCGUGGAAAAUUUUUGGUCAUGAACGACAAAUGGUCUAUGGAGCUGGUGGAUCAAAAUUCUUUGAGAUUUAAUCAUAAGGCACGCGAUUUCCGGGAACGCAUUAAUCUGAUAAUAAGGCGCUCUGAUUUACGUGAAGCUUACGAAGGCAGUGAAAUAUUGGCUUUAGAUGGCACCGAGGACAUCAAUGAGGUCGUCGUACAUUUUAACCUUAUAUUCGACCCAUAUGCGGGUCUUGUGUCUACGGCGGACCUCUUAGCACUCUUCGCAGAGGAGAUAAACUCACCGAAUCGCAAAUAUUUUGCCAACAUGACGAUAGAUCCACAAAGUUUAACCAUCAAAGAGGUAACUGGCCUGAUUGAGGAGCCCAUCAUGUCUUCUUCACCACUUGGCGGUGAAGACGAGACUACCGAGGUCAUUACCACCACACCCAAGCCACCUCGUCGUUGUGAGCCGCUUAAAUUGAACUACUGCCGCUCGAUCGGCUAUAACAUUACAACCUAUCCAAACCUCUUGGGUCAUCACUCAUUCGAGGAAGUGCAAGCCGAUGUCAUAGCAUUUCGUGAAUUAGUCGAUGCAGAGUGUUUUCGUGAGGCUUUCGACUUUGUUUGUCGCCUACUGCAGCCACCAUGCGAUACACACGGUACUCUCGAACCUACGGCGGGCAUUAUGUGUCGUGAGUAUUGCCAGCUUUUCAUGAAGGGUUGCGGUAGUCGAUUGCCUGCGCGCUUCAAGCAAUUUUUCGAUUGUGAAACUUUUCCUGAGUCUACGGGCAUACAGAGUUGUCAUCACAAGCCGCAUUGCGCGCAUGAUUUGCAGAAUAAUGCACAAAGUCCACGGCUCUGUGAUGGUUUCGUGGAUUGUCCAGAUUUCUCCGACGAACGCACCUGUACAUUCUGCACGGGCAACGCAUUGUAUUGUGGGCGAGGGCGCGCUUGUGUGGCGCGUAAGGCGCGUUGCGAUGGUAAAGCAGACUGUCCGGAUGGGUCUGAUGAAAAAGAUUGCCUUGCAAUAGCUCCAUUUGCUGCCGAUCUUCUGAAACCAGAGCCAAUGGUACCUUAUUUGCCACGCUUUCACUCUCAAGGUUUCGCGGUGUUCUCCGAAAAGGGUAUUGUAGGAAAACUAUGCGCAGAGGGUCUCGAGAAUGAUAGUAAACUGAUAGUACGACAAACUGUGGCAGAAUCGCUUUGCAAAUCACUCGGCUAUGAAUCUGUGGAAAUAUUUGAAGUGCGCAACGAUACCGAAAACGUGGAAGAUUAUGUGCGCGUGCUCGAUCCACAUGCACCGGAGAUCUCCUUCAUACGCACCCAUUGCCAGAAGCGUCAGGUACUCUAUGUGGGCUGUGGUGAGCUCCAGUGCGGCGUGCAGUCGGUUUUAUCGCCCAAGCAGUAUUUAUCGUUGCCCAAAAUGUCUUCACCCGGUGACUGGCCUUGGUUGGUAGCGCUAUAUCGUGAGGAUAUACAUGUUUGCGAUGGAACGCUGAUUUCCCGCGACUGGGUUCUCACCACUGAAUCCUGCUUUCAAGGUCAACCACGGGCCACAUGGAUGGCCAUAUUCGGCGCAGUGCGGCUUUCAUCGAACGCGCCAUGGACUCAGCGUCGCCGCAUUAUUGGCUUGAUAAAGAGUCCAGUGGAAGGCUCUACAGCUGCAUUGAUACGUCUCGAGACGCCAAUAAACUUUUCCGAUCACGUGCGUCCCAUAUGCUUACCUGAUGAGAUUAAACGCAGACAGGAACAACAAGCAAAACGUCGUGCAUUUGUACCAAAGGCUGAACGUUUAGAAGGCAAGCAACCAGCGCCGACCUUGCCACCCACACCCAGCGCUGUUCAACGCCGCCUAGCGGAAUCACAAAAAUUCUUUGUUUCGCCGGCAGUCGAUGAGGAUUUAGCUGAAACUCAGAGCAUAAGUAGCAGCAAAGAAAUGAGGGAUGAGUACGCACGCGUCAUUUUUGACCAUUCCGAAGCGGCAGCAUCACAAAUGCCGCAUGCUGAGGCGUUGACACAGUCAAUGGAACAAAAGUUCAAUGAGUAUCCAUUACCAAAGAGUGCGCCACAAGUGCAUUAUUAUAGUGGUGCUGCGUCCUCAGCUGGUCGGUAUGCGCCUGUACCUGUGGUCGGGAGUGGCAUAGCUACUGGUCGACCACCAUUGGCUGGUGUGGGUAGCAAAACGUCACCGGCGCCGCCAAAAGCUGAAGAAAUCUGGACCAAUUGCAAUACAUUGGGUUGGUCGAGACAACGCGACCAUCUGCAACGGGUGCAGUUGAAAAUUGGCGAUAUGGCGCCAUGUGAGAACAUCUCCAUAGCAACUGUGAAUAGCAUGUGCACGGAAGCCACAUAUCAAAAGCACGAUUGCACGCAAGAGGAGUACUCUGGCGCGCCAGUUCAAUGUCUCAUUCCGGGCACAAAUCAAUGGGCACUACUAGGUGUCUCAUCGUGGCGUAUUGCCUGUGGACCAAGUGGUGUGGAACGACCAAGAAUGUAUGAUAAAAUCACUUCGAAUGCGGCGUGGAUACGGGAAAUUUUAAUUGCCGCGUAAAGAUGCACAAUAAUGGCGGUACCUGUUCCAGCAGUGCACUUUAAAUUAAUACGCACAAGAAAAAAAAAAGAAUAAAUGCGAAUACAUAUUUACUAUGUGUAGUUUAAGGUAAAAUGAAGCUAAAUGUCUUGAGAAACAGUUUAUAUUCACAAAAGUUGUUACUUAAAUAACUGUUAAUAAUUUUAUAUAUAUUUUAUAGAAUGUUCACUUAAAUAAUAAGUUGUAGAGGUAAAAUUAAUUAUGUAGUUGUAUGCAUGUAUGUACGUAUGUUUAUGUAGUGAAAAUUUUUCAUUAAUAUUCAGUAAAUUGAUUUUUUUUCUAACGAUUAUAAAUAAUUAAAUUAAUUUUCUUUGCAAUAUUUUUUGUUGUUGUAUGCAUGUGUAUGUGAAAUGUUGUAAAUGCUUUUUGUACAAUUAUGUAUUGGAAGAUGCAAUGCAAUGCAUUUAAAUCAAUAUAUGUAUGUAUGUUCAUAGGUACAUACAUAUAUAAAAAUGGUGUAUUCCUGCUUUUUUAUUUUAGGUUAUGUACGUAUAUAUGUGUACGUGUAUGUAGUGCAUAAUAAUAUAUUUAACGCAUUAAUUUAUAAAAAAUCAUUUUAUGUAUGUAUCUAUUAAGUGAUAACGAUUUUGUAUUUACAUACAUACUUAUUUGCAUGGUCAUUUUCCACUUUUGUAAAUUUAUCUUAUCGAUAGCAAGUCUGUAUAUAAUACAUAUGUAUGCAAUGCAGAAGCAAGCAUGCAUAUGUAUGUAAAUGCAUAUCCAGUGGGAAAAGUAGUAAUGCAUUCUAUUACUGAUUAAUUUGUAAUCAGCAUUUUAAUGUUUACAAAAAGCCCCAAAAAUUCAUAUUAAAUCGUAUACAUUCUUCGAUUACUAGGUAAUGCAAAUGCAACGUUCCACUUUUCUUAGGAUAUCGCCGUGGGAAAGAAAUGAAUUUUCGAAUGUGAAAACGGCUGUUUUACAGAUUAUUAUUUUUUGUUUACCAUACAUUACA